CCCCCGGUAGUAGUUGUUUCAAUUGUGAAAAUCAUCAACUGAGAUAUAUAGAGCCGGGGGGUGGAAUAUGAUUCUGACAGUAAUUGUUUAAAAUUUGGGAAGACAAUAUGGCGCAUUAUACAAACAGCUCAAAAUCUAUUAUAAAGUUACAGGUAUAGAAUUUAAAAUUUCCAUCAAUAUUUUUCACGUUAGUUCGGCAUUUUGACGCAAUUUCUUUGAUUUUAGGCACUGAUUCGUGGCUAUUUAGUGAGAAAGAAAUUUUCGCAGUUGAAAUGGGACUACAACGAAAUUGUCAAAUGUUUUGAAGGGAAUUGUGUAAAAGUCAGAUGGAAAAAUGACUCGAAACUUUGCUCGCCGAUUGUGGAUCGUGAAUGUUCUGUUACUAGGCAAGGAGUUAAUGUAUUAACUGAUGAUGUACGGCAGAAAAGCAGCUGUGAAAAAAUUGAUUUAAGCUUAGGGAAUGAACUAAAAGAUACAACUUGUGCAAAUGAUAUUGUGAGCUCUGUAAAUUGCAGCAGUAAAACUAUGCCUAAUGUCGAAAGCACAAAUAAACUAAGUACUUCUACUCCCACUGAAAGUCCUAUUAACAAUUGGCCAUCCAAAGAUUAUCUUACUAGUAAUUUAGACCAAGGUUUAAAUGAGGGUUUGCAGUCAACAUGCAACUCCACAGGCAAAACUACCAAUACAGUACCUCUAGAAAGCAGUAGCACCAAGACUAUAAAUCAUCAAACGACAGCACAGGAAAAUGCUGAUCAAGUUAAGACAGACGAGAAGAGACGGACAGAUAUUGUCAACAUAGAAAACUGCAAUGGCCCCAAUAAAGGUAGCGAGACAUUAUGUGGUGUUAUACCCACCCAGCCAUUGGAUAACUUUUGGAUACCACACCCCCUCCCAAGAGGUUUUUUCAAUACACCCCCCCCCAAAAAAAAAAAAUAACAAUCUGAGCAAAACCUUUGAGGUCUUGAAAAAUUUUGGACAAUUUCACAAACGUCCAGAAACAGAACGGUGUUCAGGUCUUGUGGUAUGACGUAUGAUUGACAACAAUCCUCUAUUUUGGGUGGCAAAAAUAUUUUAUUCAAACAGCUACAAAGCCGUGGAGUAUUACAACUCUUCAAAAUGCUCAAAAGCAACAGUCAGUACCACAAUCAGUGCCACGAUCAUUCUUUGACGCCAUGUUUGCCUUAAUCAACUAUUUUUAAUUUGCCACCCAAAAUGGAGGACAUCAGCAAAUACGUGUCGUGACCCGCAAGAGUCCACAUGGCUUGAAAUAACAGCCGAUCAUAGAUCGGCAAGAAAUUGCAUAUGAUCGGCAGAAAAGUAGGGUUUCCAACCUGAAAAGGCAGGGAAAGUCACGACUGCCAAUCAUAACUUUGGGAAUGUUGUUUCAAGCCUUGGUCCAUUAGGAUUUUCAAUAUGUCUCUUCCAUGUUUAAUGAGAUAGCAGCUGCAAGGGAGACUGUUGGUAAACCUUGUUUUUCUACACUUCAGAUCAAAUAUUGUACCCCAGUGACAAGAUGUCCCUGGUCAAACUUCGUGAAGAUUUGACAAUGGAACUACUCUGGAUAGAGCAAGCAAUUGAAAGUAGAAUAAAUGUAAGUAUGCCUUACUGAAUGUUAUUUGAAUCCAUCAUAGCCUACCAAAGUACAGACUAUGCAACAUCUAGUCACACUGACGUCUUUUCAUUUGCAAAUACUGUUUUCUAUUCCAUUGCACAGUUUGAGGGGAGGGUGUCAUGUUUCAGGAAUGGCCUAGGUGCUGAAGGCUGAAAACCAAAAGUUGAUGUUAGCCAUUUUUUUGUUUUAGUAUUUGGCUAUGAAAGAGAAUAUGGACAAACAAUUGAACAACUAACUUAUACAGUCAUAAACAUGAAGGCCACACAACUGUUACUGUACAGUUAUUAAUUUAUGAAGCAUUAGUGUUUUAUUAAAUUAUCCAUUUUACCAUGGAAAUAACCAUUUAUUGAACUUUGCCAAUAAACAUUAAAACACAGAAAAAACAUAUAUGGACAAUGGCAGGGAACACGCUACA